AUCAUCGAAAAAGAGCUGAAGGAUUGAAAGAGAGAAAUCAUGUCAUUAUUUACUGUUUUUGAAGUAUUCUUGGCAAUUCUUUGCUUUGUUGUUUUCGUUUUCCUAGCAACCAAGCACGAUGGAAUUAUUCCGACCUGUUUUCCUUUCGUGGGCAUGCUGCCGGAUCUCCUCCUCAACACUCACCGGAUUCCCGAUUGGAGCACUGCAAUUCUUCAGAAAACUCACUGCACUUUCCUAUUCAAAGGUCCAUGGUUCUCUAACAUGGACAUGUUGAUCACAUCGGAUCCAAGUAAUGUUCAUUAUGUCUUUAGCUCCAACUUCUCCAAUUUCCCCAAGGGACCCGAGUUCAAGGAGUUCUUUGACAUCCUCGGGAACGGAAUUUUCAACGCCGAUUCCGAUUUAUGGAGGAGCCAGAGGAGAGCAGCUCAAGUGUUGCUGAAGCACGAUAGUUUCCAUCAGUUUCUAGUCAAGACUAGUCAGUCAAUCUUGGCGGAAAGGCUAAUUCCGGUCCUCGAUCACAUCUCCGAUGGGAGUCCGGUGGACCUACAAGAUGUGUUCCAAAGAUUCACCUUCGAUUCUAUAUGUAUGUUGGUUAACGGCUACAGCCCUGGAUGCCUCUCCGUUGAUUUUCCAGAGGUGGAAUUCGCGAAGGCAUUGGAUGAUGCAGAGGAAGCCAUAUUUUUCAGACAUAUUAGACCUCAAAGCUUUCUGAAGUUGCAGAGAUGGCUAAAUAUCGGGAAAGAAAAGAACAUUAAAAUUGCCCGGCGAAUCCUAGAUGAAACGAUCUCAACAUGUAUUCACCGGAAAAAAGAAGAGCUGAACAGAAAAGGAAUCAUGUCAUCAAACUAUCAUGACCAUGAAGAAGGUAUGUACGAAAACUCAUGUCAAUCGAUUAAAACUUGACUUCUUAUAGGUUUAUCACUAGCUAGUUGAAUAUUAGUUAGAAGGACAAUGAUUGCCCGAGUGUGCACCCAAAAAAAAAAA